AUGCGUCUUCACUUUCUUUCACUUUUAGCACUGUUCGGUGGAGCAUCUACAGCGUGUGGUGCUGCAAUUCAGUCCCCUCUGAAGGCUGAAGAUCUCUCCCGUCGCGCUACCUCCACCGUCACUACCAACACUACUUCUUAUGUCCUUUCGGAUGACUUCGAGAUCUCUGCCACAACAACUACUCGAGAGUACACUUGGGAGAUUGCUACCGCCACUGCCAGUCCUGAUGGCUAUGAGAGAGAGGUCUAUACCAUCAACGGAGAAUUUCCCGGCCCCUUGAUCGAGGCCAAUACUGGUGACACAAUCAAGGUGACUGUCACCAACUCACUCGAUGAGGGCCAAUCUAUUCACUGGCACGGCCUAUUUCAAGCCUCUACUCCUCACAUGGACGGUGUACCUGGAAUCAGUCAGUGUCCCAUCCCAGCAAGCAGCAGCUACACCUACGAAUUUGUGAUCAAUGACCAAUGGGGCACUUACUGGUAUCACUCGCACUAUAGCGUUAGCAUGGCUGAUGGUCUCUGGGGCCCUAUCGUCGUUCACUCUCCUGAUGAAGCUUUGGCGAGGGGAACAGACUACGAUGAGGAUAGGGUCGUAUUCGUCACCGACUGGAUGCAUGACCAAUCUGAAAACAUCGUCGACGGCCUACUGAGCACCUCGGGUUACGACGGCUCUUUCGUUCCUCCUCAAAGCGACUCAACUUUGAUCAACGGUAUCGGAAGCUACUCUUCUUCAUCCGACAUUCCUUCCCCUGCCGAAAUCCAAGUGCCUGUCAACUCCACCGUCCGACUCCGCUUCAUCAAUGUCGCUUCCCAUGUCAUGAUGCGCAUGUCCGUUGACGAUCACGAUCUGGAAGUGAUCGAGGCCGAUGGUACCGACAUCUACGGCCCUACUCUGCACGAGGUCCCCGUUGCCCCUGCAGAGCGAUUCUCGGUUCUUGUCAACACCACUGAAGGAUCGGAGGGCGAUGCUUUCUGGAUUAGAGCCACCACUGCCACCUACUGCGGCACUACCACCGAGCAGGUUGGCAAGGCGAUCCUAAGGUACACGGGUAAUAGCGGUAACUUGACAACGUCCGAGCCAACCUCCAGCGCUUGGAGUGACCUUGCUACUGGUGACGAUGAAUGUACACCCCUUGAUGUCGAGUAUACCCUCACCCCUCGAUCGAGCGAGUCCGCAUCUAGCACUGCGCUUUCGACUGGGGUCUUGUCCAGCGAAUUCGGCAGCUUCACCAACGUCAACGGCGAGUCUUUCUAUGGAUUUGCUUUCAACAAUGUCACCUACCAGAACCAGAUCUAUAACCCUCUCCUCUCAGUUGUGCAAGGCGGAGGCUCCAUCAAUUCCAGUCUCAUUCCCACCAUCACAUUCGACGACGAAGGCGCCGUCAACAUCAUCAUCAACAAUCUGGACUCUGCUAUCGACCACCCAUACCACCUGCACGGCAAUUGGUUCAAGAUCCUUGCUCGUGGCAGCGGUUCUUUGUCCGCGGAUGACGUCGACUCCCAAAGUCUAUCGUUGGAUAAUCCUCUGAGGAAGGAUACCGUUUGGAUUCAGCGUGACUCUUGGGUUCUCUUGAGGAUCACUUCAGACAACCCUGGUGUCUGGCCUUUGCAUUGCCACAUCGAUUGGCAUCUUGCUGUCGGAAAAAUGGCUGCUGUUGUCGUGCAGCCUGAUGCCAUCCAGGAAAUGACUCUGCCCUCUACCUGGUCUGAUCUUUGUUCUGGUACAGACAUCACUGCUUUCGGGCCUGAUCGCUAA